UUGAUUGCUAAAGGUUGGGUACAUUUGGCAUAGUAGAAUUUGAGCCUCUGUGCUUGCCGUAUACCAGAAGUACUUUCCUCCUUCCUCUAAAUGUACCUUUGUACUUACCGAACACUGGGCAGUCCAGCUUUUAGACUGGUGAAAACUCGAGUUUGAAGCCUAGGUCUGCUUCUGCCCUUGAGGUAUCCAGGUACCAUUGUGCACUGAGCAGGACUGAAAAGAACAAAGUUUAUUCUGGAACUAAACCUUCUUCCCUGAGACAUCAUGGCCCUGGCCCCAGAAUUGAGCAGACAGACAAAACUGAAAGAGGUCGCAGGGAUCCCACUGAUGGAUCCAACUGUCAACAACUGGAGUCAGAUUCAGACCUUCAAGGCAAAGCCAGAUGACCUCCUCAUCUGUACUUACCCUAAAUCAGGGACAACAUGGAUUCAAGAAAUUGUCAACAUGAUUGAGCAGAAUGGGGAUGUAGAGAAGUGCCAGAGAACCAUCAUUCAACACCGACACCCUUUUAUUGAGUGGGCUCAGCCACCCCAGCCUUCAGGUGUGGACAAAGCCAAUGCGAUGCCAGCUCCAAGGAUAUUAAGGACCCAUCUUCCCCCUCAGCUGCUGCCACCGUCUUUCUGGACAAACAACUGUAAGAGUUCAUGGAGUAGUCUCUCCCCAGAUAAGGGAUCUUGGAGUACACUUAGAAAAAUAUAUUUGGUGUUGAAGUGCGUAUGGAGUAACCCAACUUCUGAAGCCAGCUUCUCAGUGAAUUCAAACAACAGAAGGAAAUUUACCAAUAUAUACCUUUAUGUGGCUCGAAACGCCAAAGACUGCAUGGUUUCCUACUACCACUUCUACAGAAUGUGCCAGGUGCUCCCCAAUCCAGGCACCUGGAAUGAGUAUUUUGAAACCUUCAUCAAUGGAAAAGUAAGUUGGGGAUCUUGGUUUGACCAUGUGAAAGGAUGGUGGGAAAUUCGAGACAGAUACCAGAUUCUCUUCCUCUUCUAUGAAGACAUGAAGAGGGACCCAAAGCGUGAAAUCCAGAAGGUAAUGCAGUUCAUGGGCAAGAAUUUGGAUGAAGAGGUCGUGGAUAAAAUAGUCCUGGAGACAUCGUUUGAGAAAAUGAAAGACAAUCCUUUGACAAAUUUUUCUACAAUCCCCAAGACUAUCAUGGACCAGUCCAUUUCCCCUUUCAUGAGAAAAGGAAUUGUGGGUGAUUGGAAAAACCACUUUACUGUGGCCCAGAAUGAGAGGUUUGAUGAAAUCUAUGAGCAAAAGUUGGAUGGAACCUCUCUAAACUUCUGCACGGAACUCUGAUCAAGAUGAGAAGAUAGACAUCAAGGACAGGAGUCCGUCUGCAAGCCUCAAUCCAGCCAAAGGAAGAUCAGAAAGCAAACUGUAAAUGCCAAGGACUGUGACACCGACUCUGUUAUUACUGACAUCACAUUACAAUUCACAAAAUCAUAUUAUGUCCAGUGUAUACUUUCUCCACUAUUCAGUACAAAUCAGUAAGAUGGCUUAAUAAGCUAAUAAAUAAACAAACUUGAAUAGUAUAAAUUUUAUGAUGACAUCUUUCUAGGAGGUAUAGCCUAUAUUCUAACUCUAAAUAACUAUCUUAUGCACAAAAACACAAAUAUUAGAAAUCAUCUAAAUGAAUGUACAGAAAUUCCUAAUGUCUUUCUGCUCAAUCGGUAUUUUUCAUGGUUACAGUGGGAAGACUCAGUUUGUAGACAACUUGUUGCAACAUGCUCACUGGAACAUUUUCUACCUGGUAGGAGGAAAUUGAGGGAAGGACUUCAAGGAGAUGUCAGAAAUCCAAAUCUUAAUAAACAGAAUCCUAGUUCUGGAGCAUAAAAGAAACAGAAGAAAGGCAUGAGGGUGACCUUUGGAAAGCACAAAUUGUGUCUUGAAAAAAGCAGAAUGGAUGCUUGGUGUUCAACUUGCAGCCAGUUGAGUUUUGAUCUCCUGUCAUCUCUUCUGAGGAACAGCUUGUACUUUUGCCCACUUUAGCAGAGUCCAUCUGCAUUUGCUUGCCAGCAUACUUCCUUCCACCUCCCACUCGCUCCAUGUCUUGGGCAUCCUUUUACUCCCAGUAACCAGGCAAUAUGGAGAACACAGCAUGUUGCACGAUGGCUCGGAAGACGGAAAGGCAAACACGUUUCGGGUCACAAAUUCUCAGCACUUACCCUUUCACUUUAGUUGCAGAUGUCAGCACUGCUAAGCUGAGAUCAGCAGGAGCAGCCUGUGGUAUGAGCAGGAUAUAUAUGUGAGUUCAGGGUACCUAGCAUGAGCUAGAAUGACAUUUGCUUUCUAUCACUCAAAUGUACACUUUCUCCUAAAUGUUGAGGACGUGGGCACAGCAUGUGUUACUACCAGCAAGAGCUAUGAGAAGGUGUAGUAGAAGUUAGUGGAUGGAAGCUAAGAAACUGGAACAUGGCCUAGAAGAAAAUGAGUGCUCCUGGCCCUGGGUCUUCCUUUCCCUUGUUUCUUGGCCAUGAAAAAUUCAAUAAAAUGAGGUGGUUAGUUUUGCUUUGCCAUUUACCCUCACCAUGAUAUUCUGUCCAUCUCUCCACAGAAUGUAAAUUCCAAACCCAAGAGCUAAAAUAAAGCUUCUGUCUUUAUAAGUUGCUUUCCCCAGAUAUUGUUAUAAUGAAAGAAAGCUCACUAAUACAUUCCCAAUGAUGUGGUUAUAAAAUACUAGAAAAGUCUGAAAUUUUGUUGAACUUAUAGACAAUCGCUUGGUUACUGCCGAAAUCUAACCAUAUGUGUAUAGUUAAUUAACAAUGUCUAUUAUAUUAAAAAAUUAUAUCCUAAUUGUAUUGUAAAUUUUUAUUGUUUGCUUCUAAGUCUUGAAAUUAUUCAAAGUUUCUCUAGGUAGAGAGUCCCCUCUUACAAUCCAAACUAAACUGAAGUCCCUACAUCUGCCUCCUUUCAGGGUUAAGUUCAUAAGAGCCCAGAGUCACUCUAGCCUAUAAAAGGAAUGACUCUGGUCUCCAACCAUCUACUGGUUAACUGUAGAUUUAAGGUAAACUUUGGAAACAUAAUAGUGUCGAACUUAAGCCUCUUUUGGCUUUAUUUUUCUGGGAGUUUCCUUUGUAUUCAGAAAUUAAAAUAGCAGAACUUGAAAGAGAUAAAUGGUAAAACAUACUAUGUUGGCUUUGUACACGAUUGUAUUCAUAAUUUACCCAUUGGCAAUUUUUAACUAUUACUUUUAGAGAAAAGAAUUAAUCAAGUAAAUGAAACAUUACAUCAGAAGAGUAGUUAAGUAACUGUUAGAACGUUUAUAAACAUUUUAGUUUUACUAGCAUUGACUUAUGAUUAUUUUACUAGCACAUCUCUAUAUACACAAAAUUCAAUAAAAGAGUUUCAGUUA